AUGUCCUUGACACGGCUGUUUUCCACGACGCGGCAGGCGCGGACGUUUCCGUCGGCGGUGCAAAGCCUGCUGGCGCGGCACUCGAUCGACACGCGUCCCGGGGACUUUGAGGCCGAUGCCAACGAGCCGAUUAUCGACCACCUGCGUCGCCGCUCGCUAAUCGAGACGGUGGUCAACGAAGACCAGCUGGCCCGGCUGGCGCGAGAAAAAGCGCUCGGCUUGUACUGCGGCGCCGACCCGACGGCCAGGUCGCUGCAUCUGGGCAACCUGCUGCCGCUGAUGGUUCUUCUGCACUUCAAUCUCCGGGGACACAACAUUACAGCCUUGGUUGGAGGAGCCACCGGGACGGUGGGCGAUCCGUCGGGGAAAACGACGGAGCGGGCGCAGAUGGAGCAGCACGAGCGGCUGGACAACGUGGCGCGCAUCCAGGCGCAGUUCGAGCACUUUUUCCGCAGCGGCCGGCGCUACGCGGCCAGUCGCAACCGCCUCCUAGGCAGCUCUCACGGCGCGGUUUCUGUGCGCAACAACUUCGACUGGUGGAAAGAUAUGGGGUUUCUGGAGUUUCUGGCCAAGUACGGCCGGUUUGUGAGAGUGAACCAGAUGCUUUCGCGGGACUCGGUGAAAAGCAGACUGGAGUCUGAGCACGGCAUAGGUUUCAACGAGUUCUCGUACCAGCUGCUGCAGGCCUACGAUUUCUACUACUUGAACAAAAACCACGGCGAUGCAUCCGGGCGCGAAGAAAAAAGCGUUUGGUGCCACGGUGCCGCUGCUGACGACCGCGAACGGCGUGAAGUUCGGCAAGAGCGCCGGCAACGCCGUCUUCAUCGACAGCAGCCUCACGCCGUCGUUCCAGCUGUACCAGUUUCUGUACAACACGCUGGACGAGGACGUUCCGAAGCUGCUGUACAAGUUCUCGCUGCUGCCGGCGGCGCUGAUCGGGCGGAUCUGCAACUAUCACCGGCAGAACCCGGCGCUGCGGCUGGGCCAGCGCGUGCUCGCCGUGGAGAUGUGCGACCUCCUCCACGGCGACGGCGAGGGCCGCGCGAACCUGGUGAUCAGCGACGCUCUGUACGGGGACGCAGACGUCGACGUCGACGAGGUUCUGGCCGCGUUCCGCCGACAGAACAUGAUCACGGCGGUGCGCGAGGCCGAGCUAGCCAGCGUGGGGGAUCUGCUGCACAGAAAGCUGCCCGGCGUGUCGAAAAAGGAGAUCAAGCGGCUGCUCGCCGGCGGCGCCGUGUCUGUCGGCAAGCAGCGCGUCCGGCUGAGCCGGUGGGACGACGCCGUCGACAGAAGCCUUGUUGUCGACGGCCGGCUGCUGCUCAUCCGGACGGGCAAGCACGUCCACGUGUUUGA